AUGAUCGAUGAAAACCUGCCGACGUUCUUUCUCAAAAACAACCAGCAGAAUGUCCAGCUAAGUACGAUAUACCACGGUCAACAUGGAAAUGAACCAGAACCGGCCUACAACCUUCGGUACCUGGACCCCAAUGUGCCCACGUCACGAAAUCGCUACGGCGUUGCCCUGUACGACCCUUAUGUGCCAGAUGUCGUGUUCGGAGAAGUCGCAGUCAUCCCAGAAUGGACCCAGCCCAGUCUUUCAGCAGAGACUAUUCGUGCCAAUGGCGGCGCACCACCUCCUCCGGAACCUAUUCUUCCCACCGAGUUCGCUAUCCAGCUCUACAAUCCCGAUCAACAGAUUAUUGUGAAACAUCAGCCGAAAGCAUGGAACAAGCCGGCGCGGUGGGAAUUUGAAAUGCCGCAGCGCACUUUUCGCGUCCCAUCGGCGUCAACGUUAGAUCGUACUCAAAAUGACCCCGCUGUGGCGGAUGUGACCCCGAGGCUGCGCUUCAGCUGGCGAAAGGAUGGGAAACUUUCUAAGGAUCUGUCCUGUGUGUUGCAUGGCAAGUCCACUACAAUUCCCGACUCACGAGCAAAGACUCGGGAGCCUGAUAUAACCGUGGCGCUUCUCCAGAGUCUACGCGAACUCACGCUCUACGAACCGAAUCUCUAUCGAGUCGAAAUGGAGGAUUUUAAAGGCCUUGAGGUAGUCCUUUUGCUUGCGGCAGUCGCGAUCCGUGAUAUAUUCUUUGGUCCUGCUAAGGAAGCCUUUCACAUUGUACCGGGAGCGUCCCCCAUUUCUUCUGGCCCGCAACAGCAAGCAACCUCACCUGCGAAACACAGCCCGCAGGGUCAAACUCCUCCCCAGGCCUUUGGGGCAGCUGUAAGCCGCAAACCUUUCCCACCACACCUCGCCAUUCCCCAGACACAAUCUCCAGCUCCGCAGGCACGGAGACGACAAGACCAACUCGCGCAGGAAGAAGAACGCCGCACGCAGGAACUCCUUGCCGCCGAGAGAAAGGCCCAAGAAGAAACGAGGCAUAAGCGUCGACAGGAAAUUGACGAGGAGACUAAACGUCUACAAAAGAUCUACGGUCAAGAAGAACAACAAGCUCGCCUCCAAAAGCCAAAUCCUGCGUCGCUCACACGACCUAAUCUACCGCCUCGACCCAAUGGUUCAACCCGUCCGUACUCCUACCACCCACAAUCACAAGCCUUCUCUCAACUACCCACCCAGCCAUCCCAACAACCCCCUUGGCACACCCGCCCCCAAUACGCCCAAGGCGCAUCUGUCCCUACAUUCGCCAACAGCCCCUACCUCCAUACGUCUACCGUGGAUCCUCGGGCUCAGUCUACCACACAGCUCAUGCAGACACGCCCGGUGUCGACUGUAGGAUUCUAUCCAUCCCCAACCAGUAGCGGUGGCCUUGCGCCUGGACAGCAGCCCAGCCCGCAAAGGCUGCAGCCCAAGAAGAGCAGUUUCUUUGGGUUCCUUCGCAGUAAGGAAGAGAGCAGUGAGCGGACGCGACUUGAUAAAAAGCGGAGUUCCAUGUUUUGA